AGAGAUGGCGAAGUCGAAGAAUCACACGGCUCACAACCAGUCACACAAGGCGCACAGGAACGGGAUUAAGAAGCCCAAGAAGCACCGCCACACUUCCACCAAAGGGAUGGAUCCGAAGUUUUUGAGAAACCAGAGGUACGCCAGGAAGCACAACAAGAAAAUCGGUGAAUCUGCCACCGAGGAAGAGUAGAGCAGAAGCAAUUGUAUUAGGGUUUACAUGAUUAUGUUUUAAUUUGUUGGUUUUCUUUUAGCUGCUGCAAGUAUAUCAAUCUGACUUUGAGCUAUAAUUUACUUGGGUAUGGAACUAUCUCAAUUUGGAUUUUACUUUGCAUUUGCACUUGCACUUGAAUUGGUAGUAUGAGGUAAACCCAUGAACUUUUCUUUUUAAUUUGGAAUGGUAUUGCUAUCUUUUGAGGAUUAGGAAUUUUGAAAUCUUGAUUGGUAGUGGUUAUUUUGAAUCUAAUGCUUAUAUUUCUUC